AUUGCUCUCUCUCCAUGGAUGCUGCCUGACCCACUGUGAUCUCCAGCAUUUGUUGUUUUCAGUAAAUUUUGCUCCUACUUUAAAAGCAGAGACUGAGUUAUCUGUUAAUUCAGAAAAAAAAAACGAGAGGGGUACUUGUAACUGGGAGCAAACGUAAACGAAUGAAAACGACUUGAUUUGAUCAAUCACGCUGUGAGUAAGAAAUCAGAAAGGGGAAGCCUAUCAUCAGAGCUCAAUUUGCAAAUGCGUUUCCUAUUUUAGAUCAGCGUGAAGACAGAAUGUAACAUCCCAAAGACAGGAAAAGCAAAAAUGAACCAGACCGUGACUAGCAUGGGGAGUUGUGCAGGAAACCGAACGUUAGCGGAUUUCGUGAAGAGUUUCCAAGUCGCCGUUAACCCACCUACGUUUGCUUUCGGCUUGUUCCUCAACAUCGGCGCCCUGUGGCUGCUCUGCGUCCGGUUUAGAAAGUGGACCGCGUCCGCCGUCUACAUGGCGAACCUGAUCGUCUCAGACAUCCUGCUGCUGUUCUCGCUGCCGUUCAAGAUCUACGCCUACCAGAAGGGUGCGUGGUCCCUGGGCCCGGGAUUCUGCAAGUUCUUGGAGUCCCUGUACUACGUGAACACGUACGCCAGCAUUUUAAUCAUCACCAUGAUCAGCUUGGACCGCUACAUCGCCAUCAGACACCCCUUCCUGGCCCGAACCUUAAGGUCCACCAAGAAAACCAUGCUGGCCUGCACCGUGGUCUGGAUUGUUGUCUGGUCCUGCUGCCUCGGCAUUUAUUUCAAACGGGACCCCUGUUCUCCCCAGAACUCUCAAUACUGCUUCUUCAACCAUUCUAACUCUCUCUGGAAUGGGACGGUCGUGUCCUUCCUGCAGACAAUAUUCCUAGCGUCCGCUCUCAUCAUGAUCUUCUGUUCCGUGCAGAUUAUCAGGGCUCUGCAGAAAAGUGGGAACCAGAAACCAGAGGGCAAAUCCAAUAGGAAAUCCGUGAAAAUCGUCCUUUCCAAUCUGUUGACAUUUCUGGUCUGCUUCACCCCGUAUCAUGUAGGCAUGCUCGUCUACUUUUUAGUUCGGAAAGACUUCAUAGCAGAUAAUUAUCGGCUGCCUGUGCGCAACUAUCUGCAGAUAUGUCUGUGUUUAGCGAAUAUAAACUGCGUUCUGGAUGCUGUCUACUACUAUUUUGUUGUUGAAGAGUUCUGGAAGGGAAACAGGAAAAGUCUGAAAUCAGUCAAUUUAGCUUAAGUAUAAUCAUUUCAGUCGUUAAGGUUUUUUAUGGUUGUCAAUUCAGGACAUUUCUUUUUUAAAACAAAAAAAACAAGAUUGAGGAAACUUAGAAUACAGAGUGGGAACUGAAAUGCGAAAACGGUAGACAUACUCAGUAGCAUCUAUGGGAAGAUAUCCCCUCUCUCGUCAGAGCUGGGAAAUGUUCCACUUGAGCAGGUUUUAAGGACACAUCCAGAGAAAGUUUAAAAUCACACCACACCAGGGUUAUAUUGGAAGCACUAGCUUUCAGAGCACUGCUCCUUCAUCAGGUAGCUGUGGAGCAGGAUCAUAAGACACAGAAUUUAUAGCAAAAGAUUACUGAGUCAUGCAAUUGAAAUGAUAUAUCGAACAAACCUAGAUUGCAGUUAAGUCUUUCAUCUUUUAGAAUGGGUUGCAGGUUUCGGUUCAUUAAGAUAUAAAUCCCAGAACUCUUUUCAAGUCACAUUCUUGAGAUAACUUAAAGUUUUCUAAAAAAAAGCGACAUCUCAGCUCAGCCAAUGUAUAAAAGGUGUGAGGUUAGAGUCUUGUCCACCUCAAUCUAACAGAGGCGCCUCCACACCAGAUCGAGAGAAAAGGGGGCAGACCAAUGGGAUGCAAGUCAAGAGGUCUUCAUUAAUGAGGUGGAUACCGUACAAAAGAUGAACCUCCAGGAGGUGUAAGUAGCAAUGGAAUAGUUGAAGUAUGGAAGGUGACAGCAUUUUAUCUUUGUUUAAUAACAUAAGGUGGAAGCUGAGGCAAGGCCCAGCUUUUCAAGUUGCACAGGGGUUUGAAUCACAGAAUGGCUGCAGCACAAGGGAAGACAUUUGGCCGGCUGUAUCUCUGCUAACUCACUGCAACUAUGAGAGCCCCUUAGUCAGUGUGAAUGGUGUCUCAUCAAAUCACUGGCUGCAGAGGAUGCACUUUGAAUUUCAGAAAUCAAAGUUUGUUCAGAGAAGUUUCAUCAUUAUGAAACUCAACUUUCCUCAGUUUCUUUUGUCCAUUUCUAAUUGGGCCUAAAAAGACAGCUGCUAGCCAAGAGGCACCAUAUAACAUUAGACUGCGGAGGCUGUGAAAUGCUGUUUUUCAAACAUCUUGUUAGUUAUUUAACUGUACAAGAAAUAUAUUCUGAGGAUAAUUUAAUUGCUUUUGAUUCCGUCUCGGAGCUCCAACUUGUUUACAGCAUGCAGAUAUUAAUGCAUUUUAUUGUCUCUGCGAGUUUGUCCUGUUCAUCUGAAUGAAAAUGGGAUGUUAUAGUUAAGACUUGGCUUUACAUGUUUUUACGGGAAAACAGCUGGUCACACAUCCGAGUGGCUGUACGUGUUGUGCACUUGGCCAAGGUCGAACUGCAGCAAAGACAUUCUCUCAAGAUCUGAACUGAACAUCACGACCUGGAAUUUCCUGCAAAUUUCAACAGAACAAUGAAAUGACACUUCACCUUCAAAAAGAUUGAGAAACUUUUUAUGCAAUGUGUAAGACUGUAAUGUGUUGGCCACUUCACUGAUGCUGUUGGUCAUUUUUUAAUGUCACUUUGACCCAUACAAAAGUACAAACCAUGUGAUUUUCCUGAA